AACAACUCUCUCUCUCUCUCUCAACUGAUAAAUCUUCAGCAUUGCAAUAUCAUCAUCGUUCAUUCGAUUUAUUUUGCAAUUUCGAUCACUUUCCAACUUUUCGCGCACUCUUUUCUGCUUUACUUUGAUUUACUUCUUAAUUCAUCCGCUAGGCGAACGAAAUCUUUCUACUACGGAAUGGCGUUUGAUUUUUCGUCGUCUCGUGUUGAAUCGUGGAUAGACUCAUUUGGAUUUGAAAUAGAGAUUUGAAAUUUUCGAAACUGGAAACGAAGAACAUUUGAGUUGGAAAUGAAGAAAGAAAACGGCAACUGUGGAUCGGGGGUUUCAGGUUCUCGUCGGACGCGGUCUCAAAUAGCACCGGAAUGGACCGCGGCGGAAUGCCUUGUUCUUGUUAAUGUGAUUGGUGCUGUGGAGGCUGAUUGUUUGAAAGCUUUGUCUAGCUAUCAGAAAUGGAAGAUUGUUGCAGAGGACUGCACAGCUUUGAAUGUGGCUCGGACUUCGAAUCAAUGCAGGAAGAAGUGGGAGUGUUUGCUGAUUGAACAGGAUGUUAUCAAGCAAUGGGAGUUAACGAUGCCGGAGGAUGAUUCGUAUUGGUGUUUAGAGAGUGGAAGGAGAAAAGAAUUAGGACUUCCUGACUACUUUGACGAGGAGCUGUUCAAAGCAAUUGAUAAUGUCUCAUCAAUGAGGGCGAACCAGUCGGAUACGGAGCCCGAUAACGAUCCAGAGGCUGCCGUUGAGAACGCCGAUGAAAUUUCAGAGCCUGGCCCUAAAAGGCAAAGACGUGGUUCAAUGUCUAAGAGAAAUCAAGGCCUUGAGAAAUCUUUAGAAUGUAAAGAAGACGAAGAGGAUGAAGCAGAAGAACAACCUCUAUUAAGCUCUCCAGAAUCAGACCUUCGCGAUUGCUACAUCAAAAACAACGGAGCAAAGGCGACCGACGACAUUGAACCCGAAGAGCAAAUGAUGGUGAAGAAAUUGCUUGAAAAUGCAGAAAAUGUUCAAGAAAUUGUGUCUGAGAAUGCAGAAUGUGCAACUUCUGAUGAAAAGAAUGACAAGGACCAAACUAAUUUGAUAAGACGUCAAGGGAGCAAGCUUAUCAGAUGCCUAGGAGAUUUUCUCAACACCAUUAACGAUCUCCGUGACCUGCUCGAAGAUUGUGAGUGAUUCUCUCUUCACGAAAAUUUAGGUUUUCGUUGACCCACCAAGUAAGCGUUGUUCUCAAAUGGUAUCCUCGACUCCGUACGUAAAUGUUUGUUUAAAUCAUUUUGUUAGCACGUCUUAGGAAAUUGCCAAUUUGUUGACGGUUUAGACUUUUGAAUCUUCUCGUCUUUCUUCCUACAGACAAAAUGUCAGGUUGGCCAUUCGAGCAACGCUUAAACGCCGUCGACAUUUUCCAGGUUACAGAUAGAAACCCAAUCUAAUGUUUAUUUAUGAAAACUUUUCUUUUUUUGUUCUUUUUUUCAUGAAUAACAAGAAAGAUCGUACCAAACUCCAAACUAGGAACAUUAAACUAUGUUGUGCUAUUCCCUUUGAUGGAGAGUGGGGGGAACAAACUAUGCAAUAUCUCUUAAAAGAACCAGCCUUUAAACAGCUCAUCAAAACAAGAAACUUCUCUUUAUUGCUUCUCCAUUUUGAUCUUCCUUCAUUUUCCCUUCCAAAUACACUUUGCAACACCUUCCCUCACCCAUGGCUCAUACAACAGACCUGUUUAUACUCAUCUUAUUUGUAGUGUGCUGUAACACUUCCUCUAGUACCAGUCCCGAGGCCGAAAUCCUCAUCAAGUUCAAGAGCUCUCUUUCGAACAACACCGCCCUGGGCAAUUGGGACACGUCGAUCAACA